UUCAGAUGGAACAUCUAAGUAUAUUUCCAUACAGCGCAGAGGAAAGAGAAAUAGUGCUAAAAGAAUUCGGUUUUACUGAAAGCGGUAUAAAAGAAGAUGUUGCAGGAAUUAUGGACUGGUUUCAGAAGCAACCGCAUCUGGUUGAAGCAGGAAUUGAUUCUGAAGUUAUAGUCAAGAUGCUUAUAAUGGCUAAAGGAUCUCGAGAGAAAGUCAAAAGUAAAAUAGAUAAGUUUUACAAAUACAGAGGAAUGUCUCCGGACCUGAUACAUAGCAGAAUAGAGCUGUUGAAUGGAAAUCAAGAUUUUUUUACCUUUUAUCGUCAAGCCAUAUCAACAAAAUUAUACGAAGGAAAGAGAAUUACCACAUUAAAGUUCGUUGAUCCUAAUCCAAGCUCCUUCAAAAUUGAAGAGAUCUUCAGAAAUUCUUACAUGGUUGGCGACUUAAGAGUAAAAUACGAUUACAUGCUCGGUGAAAUAUGGCUUCUGGACCUCAAAAAUAUUACUCUGGGCCAUUUUUUGAGAAUCAACCCCAUGGUUGUGCAGAGGGCUUCACAAAUGUUUCAAGAAGGAUCUGGGUUCAGGGUAUUUAGCGCCCACGUACUAAAUGUGCCCUCAAUCGGACUACAAAUAUAUAAUUUCUUCAAACAAUUUAUCAAACCAAAGUUACUAGAAAGACUGACGGUACAUGAAACAUUAGAGGAACUACACAAAGUUUUGCCAAAGAUGUAUUUACCUAAGGAUUAUGGAGGUGAAGAUUACAGUAUGGAUGAAUUCAAAGACUUGUAUCAAAAGGAGUUCCGAAGCGGGAAAACGUUGCAAUGCUUGUUGGAUGGUUGUAAAAUGGUAUCCGACGAGAAGAAGAGACCUGGUGUUAAUAGGAACGAUGAACUAGCGGGAACAUUCAAAAAAUUAAAUCUAGAUUAAUGGCAAAUUGAUAUUUUAAUUACAGUAGCAUUACAAUACGUCGAGCAAGAGCGUGCGACUUUCAAUCCGGAGUUAGCCGGUUCGAACCCCGGCUAGUACCAAUGAGUUUUUCGACACUUAUGUACGAAAUAUCAUUUGAUAUUUACCAGUUGCAUUUCGGUGAAGGAAACAUCGUGAGGAAACCGGACUAAUCCCAAUAAGACCUAGUUUCCUCUCUGGGUUGGAAGGUCAGCUGACAGUCGAAUCCUCUUCUCUCCUCUCCACUCCUCUCCUCUCCUCUCCAGUAUUCAGCAACAUAAUAUCGUCGGGUGAAAAGCAAAAGUCACUAACUAACACCAUUGAAAUUAUUGGACAAUAAACCGUGUUACAAGUGUAAUAAAGUGCAUUGUUGCUUUCGUUUUUUGAUAGUACUUGGUGAAUUUUGCUUGUCACCCAACGAUAUGUUAUAGGACAUUCUUACACAGAUUGACUAAGUCCCACAGUAAGCUCAAGAAGGCUUGUGUUGUGGGUACUCAGACAACGAUAUAUAUAAUUUAUAAAUAUGUACUUAAAUACAUAGAAAACAACCAUGACUCAGGACCAAAUAUCUGUGUCAUCACACAAAUAAAUGCCCUUACUGGGAUUCGAACCCAGGACCAUCGGCUUCACAGGCAGGCAUGUUAACAACAAUUAAUGAACCCUGUACCCGCAAUUGCAAUAAUCCUAAAAAAACUUGAGUCCCUAGUGCUCUAAAUGCGUCCCGUGCGGUACUCGUAUCAAACCAGGUUCGACGUGUUGCCUCCCUGUCACACUUACGUACGAAUUUACAAGUGCGAUAAAGAGGCAACACGUCGAACGUGAUUCGCGGUAGGCCCUCUGGGCUAUAACCGCGAAAAUCGAAGUUCGCAAAUUGCGGGCAUUUUUCUCUGUCACUCUAAUUACGCCUUCAUUGGAGUAAAAGAGAAAGAUCCCCGCAAUUUGCGAAAUUCGGUUUUG